GCGGCAGCAGGCUGAGCUCGGGCGAGUUGGCUUUUGUUUUGACAGUUCAGCCAGAGCGUUUCCGUAAAGUGGACAAUGAUGCUAACGAGCUAAGCUAGCUGUUGGAUGGGAUGUCUCACAUCAGCACCGCAUUUGGGAAAACCUAGCUUCGGUACGUCUUGUAAAGACGGAGAAGGACGUCCAGCGUCCACCAGCAGCCCAGAACAGCGAGCAGCAGCGAACCGGCCGUGGUUUGGACCCCGCGAUGGCUGCGGAAGAGCUGUACGAGGUGGAGAGGAUUGUGGACAGGAGGAAAAACAAGAAAGGAAAAGUAGAGUAUUUGGUUCGCUGGAGAGGUUAUGGUACUGAGGAGGAUACCUGGGAGCCAGAGAGCAACCUGUCGAGCUGCCUGGUUUACAUUCAGGAGUUUAACCGACAGAGGGAGGGCACUCUAUUGCGGUCUACACGCCGCUCCCCAAACACAGCCCAGAGUCACAGCACCUCCAGCAAUGCUCGCAAGCACAUCUCCAGACUGCAGCCUCCCAGUGGAAACCCCUCUGACCACAGCAGCAGUGUAAGUGGGAACACUGGUCAAAUGACACACUCGCCACUCCCCUCUCCAGUUACUACUGCAUUCCUGGCUGCUGUCAGACAGAACCAGCAGACAAUGCUGGCAGACCACAGGGGGCCUGACGCUAAAACAGACUCCCAGCAGACAGACCAUUUCAGCCCAAGAUCCACCAUGGGUCUGAUACCAUCCUCUCUGGCUGGUACCGCCCGCCGCAGCGUUGAUCUGGCCAAAACGGGGAUCAAAAUUUUGGUUCCAAAAAGCCCAAUGAACAGCCGUGUGGAUUCAGAGGAGUCUCCCAGCGAAGCGGCCCACAGCUUGGAGCCUGGAGGUCUGGAGGGUGAUGUGGUGCCUCCAGAGGUGGCUCUGUUAGAGAAGCCUGCUGGUCUGUCGCUAGGUCCGGGACAGGAGAGGGCCCGCAUGGGGACACGUCCCAGAGUCCACAGCCUGAGUCCUAUGCCGCUGCCUCAAGUCCCCAUCACACCUGCAGCUAUGCGCUCCUUAAACAGCACAGGGUCCUCGGCAUUGAUAGAGGCUGUUGGUGCUAGUGGGAUGGCCAGUCUGCAGAGCGCCUCAGCAGGGAAACGGCGUCUGGAAGAGCGCUCCGCCUUCGACAAGCGGCUGCGAUUUAGCGUCCGUCAGACAGAGAGUGCCUACCGAUACAGAGACAUCGUGGUUAAGAAGCAGGAUGGCUUCACACAUAUCCUGCUCUCCACCAAAACCUCUGACAACAACGCGCUCAACCCUGAGGUGAUGAAGGAGAUCCAGAGUGCCAUGGCAACAGCAGGAUCAGAUGACAGUAAGGUGGUGUUGCUUAGUGCCGUUGGAGGUGUCUUCUGUUAUGGCUUGGAUUUCCUCUAUUUUAUCAGACGCUUGACUGAAGACAAGAAGAAAGAAAGCAUCAAGAUGGCUGAAACCAUCAGGACGUUCGUCAACACCUUCAUCCAGUUUAAGAAGCCCAUCGUGGUGGCAGUGAAUGGACCCGCCGUUGGGCUUGGGGCUGCCAUUCUGCCGCUGUGUGAUGUGGUGUGGGCCAAUGAGAAGGCUUGGUUUCAGACCCCCUACACCAUAUAUGGCCAGACCCCAGACGCCUGCUCCUCCCUCACCUUCCCCCGCAUCAUGGGUGUGGCAUCGGCCAAUGAGAUGCUGUUGAGCGGUCGGAAGCUCACAGCCCAGGAAGCAUGCUCUAAGGGUUUGGUGUCUCAGGUUCUGUGGCCUGGGACCUUUACUCAGGAAGUGAUGCUCCGUAUCAAGGAGCUGGUCUCUGUCAAUUCAGCUGUGCUACGGGAGUCCAAAGCGCUGAUGCGGAAUACGAGCCGAAGUGCCCUGGAGCAAGCCAACGAGCGCGAGUGUGAAGCCUUGAAGAGAGUGUGGGGUUCUUCGCAAGGGACAGACUCCAUCCUCAAGUACCUGCAGAGGAAAAUUGACGAGUUUUAGUCUGAAUCUAUUGAGCUCUGGUAGUUGGACUGCUGGUUUUGAGGACAAGUCUGGCGGCUCUACGGCCACAUGGCGGUGUACUGGCAGGCCGUUUGGAGUGAAGCCUUCAGAGGAAAAUGCCAAAGAGGCUGUGAUCUGUAAACUGCACCAGACCUUGUGAUUAAGUGGCAUCUGGUGUCUGCUUCAUUUACCAGUCAGAUCAUUUAGAGAAGCUAGCAAACACACAGCAAAUGGACACAAUGCUGCAACUCCUACGAGCCAAUAAAGUGAUGACGCUGCAGACUGAUGGGUUGCCAGGCUUUUGUGUAUUGUCUUUACAUGACAACGCUGAUUUUAUGGUAAUCUGGAUAAAAACGGACAUAAGAGUUUCAACUAGUUUCACACAAUUUUACUUAGUCUUUGAAGGGGCCUGGCAUAUAUUGUGUCCAAAGAUGAAAUGGGUUUGACGGUUCCAACUUAAUUUCUAAGCAUGAACAGCUUCUACAGCUAAAGGGAUGAGCAGACCCUUUGAAUCGAGUCACCAGAUUCAUUUUUCCUGACCCUGACGAGAUGAACGGACUUUGUUCAUGUAGUUUGACCACAGAUAAUGGGAGUUAGUGUGCUUCUGAAUGAAUAUGAUCCCAGUGUAAAUGAAUGAAACCACAGGAAGUCAGACUGGUAAAGGAUGGAAGAAACAAGUGAGUCUUACCCCCGGUACCGAUGGAUGGACAGCGUUAAAUAUUUAACCUAAAAUACUGACUUCACACACACUGGUUUGUGGUUGGGACCCUGGUUAGACAGGGGCUGGUGAUGCUGGGGUGUAUGAACUAGUGAUGGGCGGGUCUGGAGCCACUCGAACCCGAAAAUGUUUGAAUCGUUUCCUCACUCGUACAUGUAGCCCGUUUGUAGGCCACAGAAAUGGAAACUAAACCAUAGGCUGAGGCAAGCGCAUCAGGUCUGUCAUCAGGUUAGGCUUGUGUUGAAACAGAAACGGUGUCUGGGCUUGCUGUGUGUUGCUGUGUGUGUUGCUGUGUGUAUUAUGGCUUCAACAGAUCAGAUAAUAUCACCUGAUUGAGAACAGCCCUGCAACAACAAUAACCGUUGUCUAAGCUUGGAGAGGCGUUGAAGGAAAUGCGUUGUUUGUGGUUUGUCGUUCUAAAUGGCGGUGCUGUGUGUGUGUGUGUGUUCAGUGCUUAAGGAAACUGUGGCUGAUCAACGCAUCUGACACAAGCUGAAUGCAGACUUGGUUUGUAGAUAGUAAAGUUGGGUUGUAAGAAUGUAUUGUGGAACUGUGAUCACACAAGGUUGAAUCCAUUCAGCUGGAAACGUUUCUUGACAGACACGGUUCCUCACUCAUCUAAGUGACCUCGUCAGACUGCUGAAAGCUGGACUGAAGAUGUCAGUAUCUGAGAUGUGUCUGUCAGUACACGUUGUGACCAGAUGAACGGAUUCAACCUUGUGUGGUCGUCUUACCUGGAUUAGUGAGCAUGCAUCAAGACAUGUGGAACUGUGAAUUCUUGUGUAAUUGAAAUGGCUGAAAGAAUGGAAAAGGUGUUUCUGUGCAUGUGUUGUGCACACGUAGGCUGCUUAGGCAGGUCUACAUACCACACCGGUCAGGAUAUUAUCCAAAUGAAAACAGCUUUUGAAUAUUAACUACAGAUUUAUUUAUACUGAUAAUGUAAAAGCAUAUAUUUUUCUUUGCAUAAAGCUGACCCACCUUAACCCACUCAAACUUCAACAAGACUUUUUGACAUGAACCCCGCAGAUUAGACUGCAGCUCCCACAAACUAAUCCGUGUAUCACCAAUAUGAACCCAGCAGCAGGAUAAGUGUUUUCUGGUAGGUGUCUCGGUUGGAUAGCUUGUCCUGUAGUAACUAAGUCCGAUGUUAUCCUCUGCCUGCUACGCCACGUUAACCACAGGACUCCUUACUGCUCACUCGUUAUUAAAUCCUAAACUGCAAACCACUUCUCUGUACCUACACAGUAGUGUCACUCAAAUAACCCUAUUGUGUAUUCUACUGUCUGAAUUAAAUCUUGGGAUAUUAUUUUCAUAUUUGUAGCCAGGAUGAAAAACUAAAGGUUUUUCCAUCUAGAAUAUUGCUAUCAAAAUAAAAGUCUGCUGAAAGCAGUUAUGCGCUGGUUGCUAAUAUGUUCCUUCAGUCAUGAAUGUGAGAACAUCUAAGGUGGGUGGUGGACACCCUGAGCCGCUGUGGAGGAUGUGGAGCAUCUAAGGUGGGUGGUGGGCACCCUGAGCUGCUGUGGAGGAUGUGGAGCAUCUAAGGAGGCUGGUGGGCACCCUGAGCUGCUGUGGAGGAUGUGGAACAUCUAAGGAGGCUGGUGGGCACCCUGAGCUGCUGUGGAGGAUGUGGAACAUCUAAGGAGGCUGGUGGGCACCCUGAGCUGC